GCGUGAGCUAUGUUCAUUGCAACGCCCUUAUUCCGUCGUGCCAGACAGUGCUGGGAGGAAAAGUCCGUCUUCAGUACACACCGGUACAAGACAAGACAUUGAUGACCACUACACUCGCGCGACCAGUAUGCGCGUAUCGCCUGAUUUUUUAGUAACAAUAUAAUUUAGGCUAUAAAAGUCGCUCAUCAUUUCUCUGGUCGAAAGUCGAAAGUCCACUGCUACAUAUUUUCAAAAUUUUGAUCAGUCGUAGGGGCAAAACAAGUGAUCAAACGUCAAGAUGCUCUUGGAAGUAUUGUUGUCCCUAGUGGCCAUUUACCUGGUAUCUUACGUCAUUCAAACAUGGCUCGAAAUUAGAAAAUUACCACCAGGUCCCAUACCCCUUCCCAUCAUUGGAAAUUUACAUCAACUGGGAAAUAAUCCUCCAUUUUCCACCGCAGCACUUUGCAAGAAAUAUCCGAACGUACUGAGGCUAAAGUUUCCCUUUGGUUACUGUCUAUUUCUCAACAGUGCACAAGCUGCUCGAGAGGCGAUGCUGACCAGAAAAACUGACUUUGCUGGUAGACCAGUUGAGCAAUUUUACCCGUUAAGUACCAUAUUAGGUGAAAAGGAUAUUGCCACUUCCGAUUACGGACAAACUUUUGUAUUUCGCUCGAAGGUUUUUAAAAGCGCUAUGCAUUUAUUUGGUGAUGAAACACAAAAACUCCAAAAGCGCUUCCAGGACAUGGUUUCGUUGAUGUUUCAAAGGCUAGACAAACUUGUCGGAGAAAACGUUAAUUUAAAUAAAGUCGUAGAAUGUUCAACUUUUGCGCUUAUGUGGGAGUGGCUAACUUCUGAAAGAUUGACGCAUGAUGAUGACAAAAUGAAAAAAAUCAUCGAAUUCAGCGAAAAACUGAAUUUUUUGGGACGCCAAGGCAGCUAUUAUCAGCUUUUUCCUAUAAUGCGUUAUUUACCGACUAAAUUCACAAAAUAUCUCAAUUACGUGCUAAAAGCCAGGUAUGAUUUGUUUGGAAAGGCCUUAGACCACCAUAGAGCUACAUUCAAAGAUGGAGUGAUUCGCGACAUCACUGAUGCAAUGUUAUUGUCUUAUACCAAUGAAAACAAUAACGGUAAAAAAUCCCUGGUUCAAAUGAUGACGAUGUUCUUAAUGAUUGACGUAAUCUUUGCUGGCUCUGAGACUAGUGUCUCUGCUUUAAAUUGGUCUAUCUUACACCUGGUUCUCAAGGAAGAUAUACAAUACAAAAUACAGGAUGAAUUGGAUAGAUGUAUGGAGAAAGAGGACAUGCCAGAUCUUGGAGAAUUAAAAAAAUUCCAUUAUUUGAGUGCUUUUGUUUGUGAGGUCUUUCGCUCGACUACAAAUCUUCCCUUUCUGGCGCCACAUCGCACUAUACGCGACACGAAUGUUAUGGGCUACAACAUACCUAAACACAUGACGGUGUUUAUAAACCAACAUAGUAUCAACUACGAUCCACUUGCUUGGGACGAUCCAAACACUUUUAGUCCAGAGCGUUUUCUUGACAAAAAUAGCGAAUUUGUCGGAUGGAGUGCACUCACGGGCUUCAUGCCGUUUGGUCUGGGACGACGUGCCUGUCAAGGAAAGGAGCUUGGAAAACUUCAGGUUACAAUGAUGCUUGCCUGUCUUCUGUAUCGCUACCGUUUUAAGUUAGCUAAAAAUCAAGAGCCACCUAAACUAAAUGAUCCUAUUAUGGAAAUAACUGCACGUCCAAAAGACUACUUGGUGACAGUUUUGAAAAGGAAAUGACAUGAAGACUUAUUAUUCUCUAAAAUAUGUUACGAUUCUCUACAGUCGACCAAAACACUACUUAAAAAUUUGGUUUGGUCAUGA